UUCCUAAAUCAUAGUCAUCAAUCAUCAUAGAUUUUACUUAACUUAACCAAGAAAGGUUAGUUUUGGGUUUGGUGAAUGAUACUUUUCAGAAACAGAAACGUUUCACACUGUAUUCGUUUGUACAAAAUUCAAAUACUGCCGUUAUUUUAAAUAGCGAUGUCGUAUAAACUUAGCUCAGUUCUUUUUGGCCAUUCACUUGAUGUUAGAGCUCUAGCCACAACUUAUGAUGGGUGGAUUAUUUCGACGUCCAGAGAUAAAACAGCGAAGGUUUGGAGACCUAAUGGGUUCAACUCAGGAUUCACAGAAGCAGCAACUCUGCGAGGCCAUACCAGCUUUGUCAGUUGUGUGUGUGUCAUUCCACCUUCUAAAAAUCAUCCUGAUGGACUUAUACUAACUGGUGGUAGUGACAAGAAGAUUUGUGCAUUCCAUCCCAAACUCUUCGACCCAUUGUUCAUUUUGGAAGACCACAAAGAUAACGUGUGUUGUCUCUGUGCUGGAGCUCAGCCAGGGUUCGUGUUGUCCUCCUCAUGGGACAAAUCUGCCAAGUUGUGGAACGUAGAAGACCAACGUUGUGUUCUCACCCUGACAGGUCAUGAGCUGGCAGUGUGGAGUGUUCUACAGAUGUCAACAGGUGUUAUAGCUACGGGCUCUGCGGAUCGUAGCAUCCGUGUAUACUCCCCAGAUGGCACGUACCUGCGUUCACUCAUUGGUCACAAGGACUGUGUCCGGGGCUUGGCUGCUCUGUCUGCUGUUGAACUGCUGUCCUGUGCCAACGACGCAACAAUCCGCAAGUGGAACCUCAGCACAGGAGAGUGUCUUGACACAUACUUCGGCCACAAGCAUUACAUUUACUGUUUGGUGGUGUCUGGCGGAGUUAUGGUGUCAGGAGGGGAAGAACAGUCAGUCAAAGUGUGGAAAGGCAAACAGUCAGAGGACAUAAGACUGCCAGUACAGAGUGUGUGGGCUGUUGCAAGGCUGCCCAACGGAGACAUCGUCACAGGCUCAAAUGACGGCGUAGUCAGGGUGUUCAGCUCUGAGGCUGGUAGACAGGCAGACACUGCUACCUUGGCCUCCUAUCAAGAGGAUGUCACUAACUUUGGCAAAGUUGAUGAACAAGAGAUUGGAGGUGUAAAAAUUUCAGAUCUCCCUGGUCGAGAGGCGUUGUAUGAGCCAGGGCGAUCGGACGGUCAGACCAAGAUGAUCAGAGAAGGGGCCGUGGUGACGUGCUACUCAUGGUCUGCUGGCCUGGGGGAGUGGACCAAAAUAGGGGAAGUGACUGGUGCCCAAGCAGCCCCGGGGAAAACACUGUAUAAUGGCAAGGAUUACGACUACGUGUUCAGUGUAGACAUAGAGGAUGGCAAGCCACCACUCAAGCUGCCGUACAACAAAGGGGAGGACCCGUGGAUGGCAGCUCAAGAGUUUAUACACAAAAACAACCUCAGUCAGCAGUUCCUGGAACAGGUGGCCAACUUCAUCAUCACCAACAGCAAGGACAAUGAGCCAGUCAUGCCUGUGCCAGGCGCCGUCGACCCAUUUACUGGGGGCAACAGGUACAUCCCAGGAGGUAUGGGUGGUAGUGCAGCAGGUGGGGUGGAUCCCUUUACAGGGGGGACGAGGUACAUCCCCGGUACCUCCGCAGUAGCUGGUGGCCCCCCGCCCCCUGUAGGUGCUGACCCCUUCACUGGUGGUACUCGCUACGUACCCAACGGCACCCCUGCCCCGCCUACCAGUGUCUCUGCCGCUCCACUGUUUCCGCAGACUAGCUACGUGCGCUUUGACCAAGGCAACCUGCAAGCGAUCUCAGAAAAGUUGGCGCAGUUCAACCAAAGCCAGCCUGUGAAAGUAUCCUCGGAUGCCUUACAAGCUGUGGUCAAACUGGGCAACCUAGGUGCAGCCUCUGACCCAGAUGUUCUCACCACCCUCAACACCCUGCUCAACUGGCCUGCAGAGGUGGUAUUUCCUGUGUUGGAUGUGACGAGGCUAGCUGUACGCAACUCCUGGGUCAACGACGCACUGUGUGUCACACAAGAUGGCAACCAGCUGUUCUCUGUACUGGAGCCACACCUCUCUGCAUCGGCCCUCUCAGCCAAUCAGAUGCUUACUUUGAGGAUCUUGUGUAACCUGAUGAGUCAGCCUAGAGGAGAAGCUCUUGUUAUAUCCAAGAGACACUUUCUUUUGGCUGCCGUCAGACAACUCGCCUCGUCUAAAGCCAACAAAGGUCUGCAGAUAGCUCUGAUGACAGUUCUGCUGAACCUCUCUGUAGCCGUGCUGCGAGUCAAUGAUGUGUCUAGUCAACAUGAGGUGGUGGCAACACUGGCGCUGGUGGUACCCUGGUUGCCAGAACCUGAGGCUCUACUGCGAGGGUUGGUAGCCCUGGGCACUCUACUAAGACACAGUACAUCACUGCAUGAUGAGCUAAGCCCAGAGACUGUGGACAGACUGAAGACUUGUAGUAGAGAUUCACAGCAGCCCAAAGUGGCUCAGUGUGCAUCUCAGAUACUCCAAGUGCUCCAAGUUCAGUAACACAAAGUGAUUGAAGCGCAAGUUAAUGCUGAAAGAUGUUUGUGAUACAUGCCACGUUGCUUCCUUAAUAAAGUAAUAAUUUAUUUCUUUAACAAAGGAUUUUUAUAAUUUGAAUUUGUAUUUAAUUGUAAAAAGUAAACAUAUUGUAAGUUA